GGCCGCUUGGCCCGCAGCGUCCCAGGCCGCCGCCGAGCAGGCCGGGAGCUCCAAGGCCACACCCAGCCCGGCGGCCGAGAGCUCCCCAGUUGCAUGAAUCAUCGCCGCAGCCGCCGCUCCGCAGCCCCGUUGCAGUGCGCCCGGGCCUGACCUUGCCUUUCCCAGCGAAACGAGCCAAACCGAGCCGUCCCUCCGACGCUCCCUUGCAGGCCAGCAGUGCAGACCGGUAGCAUGGCGGGGAUCGCAGCCAAGCUGGUGAAGGACCGGGAGGCGGCCGAUGGGUUGGGAUCGCACGAGAGGGCCGUCAAGUACCUCAACCAAGACUACGAGGCGCUGCGGGACGAAUGCUUGGAAGCCGGCACGCUCUUCCAGGACCCUUCCUUCCCCGCCCUCCCCUCUUCGCUGGGCUUUAAAGAGUUGGGACCCUACUCCAGCAAAACUCGGGGCAUCGAGUGGAAGAGACCCACGGAGAUCUGCGCUGAUCCCCAGUUCAUUGUUGGAGGAGCUACCCGCACAGAUAUCUGCCAAGGCGCCUUGGGUGAUUGCUGGCUGCUGGCAGCCAUCGCCUCCCUCACCUUGAAUGAAGAAGUCCUGGCCCGAGUCGUCCCCCUAGACCAAAGUUUCCAGGAAGACUAUGCAGGCAUCUUCCACUUCCAGUUCUGGCAAUAUGGCGAGUGGGUAGAGGUGGUGGUGGACGACAGGCUGCCCACCAAGGACGGGGAGCUGCUGUUCGUGCACUCGGCAGAGGGGAGUGAGUUCUGGAGCGCCCUGCUGGAGAAGGCGUAUGCCAAGAUCAAUGGAUGUUAUGAAGCGCUCUCUGGAGGUUCCACCACUGAGGGCUUUGAGGACUUCACUGGAGGCAUCGCUGAGUGGUAUGAGUUGAGGAAGGCCCCUCCCAACCUGUUCAAGAUCAUCCAGAAAGCCCUGCAGAAGGGCUCUCUCCUUGGCUGCUCCAUUGAUAUCACCAGCGCUGCAGACUCUGAGGCCAUCACAUUCCAGAAGCUGGUGAAGGGGCACGCGUAUUCGGUCACGGGAGCCGAGGAGGUUGAAAGCAGUGGAAGUCUGCAGAAACUGAUCCGCAUCCGAAAUCCCUGGGGGGAAGUGGAGUGGACUGGGAAAUGGAAUGACAACUGCCCAAACUGGAAUACCAUAGACCCAGAGGUGAGGGAAAGGCUCACCAGACGGCAUGAAGAUGGAGAAUUCUGGAUGUCUUUUGGCGACUUCCUGAGGCACUAUUCCCGUUUGGAGAUCUGCAACCUGACCCCUGACACUCUCACCAGUGAUUCCUACAAGAAGUGGAAACUCACCAAGAUGGAUGGGAACUGGAGGCGAGGCUCCACUGCAGGAGGCUGCAGGAACUACCCUAAUACAUUCUGGAUGAACCCUCAGUACUCAAUCAAGCUAGAAGAGGAGGAUGAAGAUGAGGAGGAUGGGGAGAGUGGCUGUACCUUCCUGGUGGGCCUGAUCCAGAAGCACCGGCGGCGGCAGAGGAAGAUGGGGGAGGACAUGCACACCAUCGGCUUUGGCAUCUAUGAGGUUCCAGAGGAGUUCGUUGGACAGACCAACAUCCACCUCAGCAAAAACUUCUUCCUGACACACAGAGCGCGGGAGCGGUCCGACACCUUUAUCAACCUCCGGGAGGUGCUCAACCGCUUCAAGCUGCCUCCAGGAGAGUAUAUCCUGGUGCCAUCCACGUUUGAGCCCAACAAGGACGGGGACUUCUGCAUCCGAGUCUUUUCUGAAAAGAAAGCUGACUACCAAGUUGUUGAUGAUGAAAUUGAGGCCGACCUUGAAGAGAUUGACAUCAGUGAGGACGACAUUGAUGAUGGAUUCAGGAAGCUGUUUGCCCAGCUGGCAGGGGAGGAUGCCGAGAUUUCUGCCUUUGAGUUGCAGACCAUCCUGAGAAGAGUUUUAGCAAAGCGCCAAGAUAUCAAGUCAGAUGGCUUCAGCAUCGAGACUUGCAAAAUCAUGGUCGACAUGUUAGAUUCGGAUGGGAGUGGUAAGCUAGGGCUGAAGGAGUUCUACAUUCUCUGGACAAAGAUUCAAAAAUACCAAAAAAUAUACCGGGAAAUCGACGUUGACAGGUCUGGCACCAUGAAUUCAUAUGAGAUGCGGAAAGCGUUAGAAGAAGCAGGUUUCAAGUUACCCUGUCAACUCCAUCAAGUCAUCGUGGCUCGAUUUGCAGAUGACCAGCUCAUUAUUGAUUUUGACAAUUUUGUUCGGUGUUUAGUUCGACUGGAGACGCUAUUCAAGAUAUUCAAGCAGCUGGAUCCCGAGAACACUGGGACAAUAGAGCUCAACCUUAUCUCUUGGCUCUGUUUUUCAGUACUCUGAAGUAAAACUCACCUGCCUGGAGACUUUUCAAGAAAAGAAAAACCAAGGACUGUGCUUCCACAGAGAAAUACUUUUUAUCUGGACCUUGACAUUAUGGGAACAUUUACUUAAACUGAUUAUUAUAGCUGCAAAUAAUGAUACUAUCUGAGAUAGCAGAACUUUCAGAUAUCAAAGUGAAAAAUCUACAUAGCAAUAUA